UUCGCGCGAAAAAUCCAGCCGACCAAUCAGGACUCGUGCUGUGGGAGAUGUUUGGGGUCACGGCGGGAGGAGGUCACGAGGACUUCAGCUGGCUCACGUGUCGGGUAGGACCACUCUCUUCUCCCCGCGACUUUUAUCUCCGUCUUAUCUGCAAAAUACACAACAAACAAGCUUCUUACAAUUAAGUGCUAACUGCAGUGGCUCAAGAUGCGUUUGGUUAUCCUUGAUGACUAUGACAAGGCCAGUGACUGGGCGGCCAGGUAUAUCAUGAACAGGAUCCUCCAGUUCAACCCUGGUCCUGACAAUUACUUUGUCUUGGGGCUACCAACAGGAAGCACUCCAGUUGGAACAUACAAGAAGCUGAUAGAAUUCCACAAAGCUGGGCAGCUGUCUUUCAGAUAUGUCAAGACUUUCAAUAUGGACGAGUAUGUGGGCAUUGCCCGUGAUCACCCUGAGAGCUACCACUCCUUCAUGUGGACAAACUUCUUCAAGCACAUCGACAUCCUGCCCGAGAACGCACACAUUCUGGACGGCAAUGCAGAGGACUUGGAGGAGGAGUGCAGACAGUACGAGGAGAAGAUCAAAGAAGCUGGCGGCGUGGAACUUUUUCUUGGUGGAAUUGGUCCAGACGGUCACAUUGCCUUCAACGAGCCUGGCUCCAGCCUUGUGUCCAGAACGCGGGUGAAGACGCUGGCAAAAGAGACCAUCAUCGCCAACUCUCGUUUCUUUGGUGGUGAUUUAGGCAAGGUACCCACCAUGGCACUGACCGUGGGCGUCGGCACUGUCAUGGAUUCUAGGGAGGUGAUGAUCCUGAUCACAGGAGCCCACAAGGCCCUGGCCCUGUACAAGGCUAUUGAGGAGGGUGUGAGCCACAUGUGGACUGUCUCUGCAUUCCAACAACACAGAAAGGUCAUCUUUGUUUGCGACGAGGAUGCAACUUUGGAGCUGAAGGUCAAGACAGUGAAGUACUUCAAGGGUCUGAUGCACGUCCACAAUAAGCUGAUCGAGCCCAUGGAGAAUGGACCGGACAAGAAGAAACGAAAAGUGGACGAAGGGACGAAAGAUUGAAGACUAUAUUGUGUCCCAUCCCAAGAGGCAGAGAGUAGUUGAGUGGCAGUGAACCUGUUGUGCUGUCUUAGACAGCUCUAGCAAUGCGGAGCUUGAGCGGGGAAGGAGCUGACUGACAUCUGACAAAAUACUUAAGGCCACACCAAUUUGAUUUGUUGGUUCUCAGAUCCAAAGGAAUAAUGCUAAGAAAUAUGAAAAGAGCGUGAAUGGAAUGUUGGCACAGUUCAAGUUAAUCUCUAAGCCUGGUGUGUUAAGCCCUGUAUUUCCAUCUUUGUCCUCUGCUUGAUAUUCCCUUGGGCUAUCCGAGAACUUAUGAUAUAACUUGUUGUGGCCUUAGAUAAAGCAAAGAUGCUGUAUUCAAUAUAUACAACAUUGUUAGAUAAAGCAACAUUGUCAGUAUUAUGUGGAGGUGUAAUGACAUCUGUAUUUUAUCAUUGUAACAAGCACAAAUUUGCAGCUACUGUGGUUUGAUUUGUGUGCUCAAAUUGAAGAGACAUAGUAAUUUUUAAGAUGACACGUAUUUUGGUAAUUGACCACAGCAACCUAGACUAACAUAAGGAGAUUGGUAUAUAUUGGUUUGAUUCAUUUUCACAGUGAUUACUAAGAACUCACCAAAUAGUAAUUACUUAAGCAACUGGAUAUGAUUUUAGUAACGGUCAGACGCUUCAGGUAGAAUCCACUACCUUUCCUCAGUGACACUAAAAGUGUCUUAUGUCUGACUCUUACCUCAUAUCCAGUUGCUUGAGUAAUUACUAUUUGGUGUAUCUUAUUACCUGGAUGUCUAACCUUCAUUGACAUAUUACUAAGAGCUAUGUCACUCAACUGAUUUCAGGGCACAUGGAUUGAACUUGUAUUUUCAUUCACAGCGUUACACAUAUUUAGAGUAUUUAUAUUUGGGAAGUCCAAGAGGAAGUGAUAAAGGUUAUACAAAUUAUACAUUGUUUAAAGGUGUCCUUAGAAAGUGGGAAAGUCUAGCAGAAGAAUAUACAUGUUGGUAUUUAGUCCCUUUCCUCAGGAAUUGGGUUUACUAGAUAAUAUUUGUAAUAACAUAAAUUUUUGUGGGUGUUUUUUGUGGUAUCUCUGAGAUCAACAUAGGUUCUUUCCACACUUCUUACUGGUGGUGCAUGGUAAAGAUAUGCACCUUUACAUGUAACAUUAUUUUGCACACUCACAUGUGACAUUAUUUAAGUUUUAUCCUGCAAUGUACUUAGUCACCCAUAACUUAUAGAUUUUAGAUUGGUAACAUAUCAGCUCUUUGUGUUGUUUUGAUAUGAAACAAUAUGAUUCAGAGCUAUGUCAUCU